UCAAACAGCUGUGCGCCUUCGCCCUCGUAACAUUUUGUUUCCACAAAAAUCGGGAUAUAAUGAAUAAAAUCACGCGUGCCUUCAUCAGCGUGCUGCGCCAGAGCAGCUCAUCCGGCGGCACUAACACCCUGCUAGGACGGCAGCUCUCCUACAGGAGCGACUUGUCCCUGGACAAGCUGUACCCGAGUGCGCGGCUACAAAUCUACACGCCGCCCCCGCCGCCUCCUGGGAGCGCCAACAAAUUCAACGGCUUCAUUCCCAUGGACAGACUGGAGAUCACCUACAGCCGCAGCUCGGGACCCGGAGGCCAGCACGUGAACACGGUGAACACCAAGGUGGAUGUGCGCUUCAAGGUGGCGCAGGCGGACUGGAUACCCGAGCAGACGCGCCAGAAGCUGCUCCAGGUGCUGGCCAAUCGGAUCACCAAGGAGGGCUAUUUCUACAUCAAGAGCGACCUCACUCGCUCCCAGCAAAUGAACCUUGCCGAUGCCCUGGAGAAGCUGCGCUCCCUCAUCCGCUCCCAGGAGACCUUGGCAGCUGCUCCACCCAGCGAGGAGACGCUAGAGAAGCUUCGCCGGCGCCAGGAGCGAGCGGCCCGCGAACGGCUCCAAGUGAAACGUGGUCGUGGCCAGAUCAAAGCGGAUCGUCAAGGACCCGGCGGAAUAGAAUUGUAGUUAUUAUUCGAAAUUGUUGCACACAGAUUCACAUUACACAUAUACACUUAA